AUUCUGGAAGAUACCGUACAAGCUCGAAGGUUAAUUUUGUCUUCCUUGGAGAAAAAAACUGUGGUAAAUAAGUCUAUUAUUUUGUAAGUUAAGCAAAAAUUUAAUGAGAUCUGUGUUUUCAUUAGACAUUUCAUGUAAUGAAUAGAGUAAUGUGUGCUUAGAGGUGGGAUUUUCUGUGUAGAAAUUAUAGAAAUUGAUUGUGACGCAAUCGGUACUCUCAAGCGAUGUGAAGCCGAAGGGACUGCUGACCUGUUUGAUCGGGUAAGGACCUAUUUUGUACGGGAGACCGCUGGCGUAGGACGGUUACACCGUUUCGCUGCUGGUACUACUUGUUGCAUUAACCGAUGUUGAGUCAACUUCAGGCUGGAUUGAUCCGGGGAUCGGGUACCUCGGGCGAUGUUCGUGCAGGCUCCACUUCACUACCGCUACACUCCGCUCCACCUACCCGAACAUCGGGACCGUGAACCAUUUCGGAUAUACCGAGUCACAAAGGUAACCAAGAAUGUGGAAGUUAAGACCAGCCCUGGCUCAAACUGCCCGAUGGCAUUCAGCUCAACUUCUUCAUAAGGCUGGAAUACCAAGGGUAACAUGUGUGAGCUGUAUUCACAGAGAACCACUGAAUGAAGAAUGGACUAAGCUUGCCGAGAAACAGUUAAGGGGAGCCGACCCCAAGGAGAAACUCACAUGGCAUUCUCCAGAGGGUAUUUCUCUGAAGCCUCUCUUCACGCAGCAAGACACCGCAGAGCAUCCUGAUGACUUACCAGGCAAAUACCCCUAUACCAGAGGACCUUAUCCUACUAUGUAUGCACAGAGACCAUGGACGAUUAGACAGUAUGCAGGUUUUAGUACUGUGGAAGAGAGUAAUAGGUUUUAUCGUGAGAACAUCAAGGCUGGUCAACAGGGCCUCAGUGUAGCUUUUGACUUGGCGACUCAUAGAGGGUAUGACUCUGAUAAUCCCAGGGUACAUGGGGAUGUGGGCAUGGCAGGUGUGGCCAUUGAUUCAGUGGAAGAUAUGAAGGUCUUAUUUGAUGGUAUUCCACUUGAUAAGAUGUCUGUUUCUAUGACAAUGAAUGGAGCUGUUCUGCCUGUAAUGGCCAUGUUCAUUGUUGCUGCAGAGGAAAAAGGUGUGAAACAAGAACAACUAACUGGUACCAUUCAAAAUGAUAUCCUCAAGGAGUUUAUGGUGAGGAAUACCUACAUCUACCCACCAGCCCCUUCUAUGAGGAUCAUUGGUGACAUCUUUGCUUAUACCUCUCAGCAUAUGCCAAAGUUCAAUUCUAUCUCCAUCUCUGGCUAUCACAUGCAAGAAGCUGGUGCUGAUACUAUCUUGGAACUAGCCUUCACUAUAGCAGAUGGUCUGGAGUACUGCAGAACAGGGUUGAAAGCUGGCAUGGACAUUGAUGAGUUCGCCCCUCGGCUAUCCUUCUUCUGGGGUAUCGGCAUGAACUUCUACUUUGAGAUCGCCAAGCUGAGGGCGGCUCGGCGCCUCUGGGCCCAUCUCAUGAAGGAACACUUUAACCCCAAGAAACCCAACUCCAUGAUGCUUCGAUGUCACUCACAGACCUCAGGAUGGUCUCUUACAGAACAGGAUCCAUACAACAAUGUAGUCAGGACUACGAUUGAAGCCAUGGCAGCAGUGUUUGGUGGAACCCAGUCACUGCAUACAAACUCCUAUGACGAGGCCUUAGGUCUCCCAACGGUCACAAGUGCCCGUAUCGCCAGAAACACACAGAUUAUUCUACAGGAAGAGAGUGGCAUCCCAAAGAUUGUGGAUCCAUGGGGAGGCUCUCACAUGAUGGAAUGUUUGACAGAUGAAAUCUACGAGGCAGCCAACAAUCUCAUUACAGAGAUUGAGGAAAUGGGUGGCAUGGCCAAGGCUGUUGCAGAUGGAUUCUGUAAGCUGAAGAUUGAGGAAUGCGCUGCCAAGCGACAGGCUAGGAUCGACUCCGGAAAGGAAGUGAUAGUGGGUGUGAACAAGUACAAGCUAGCCGUGGAAGAGCCUGUCGAGGUGCUAUCCAUUGAUAAUACUGAAGUUAGAGAGAAACAGAUCAAUAAACUCAGAGAUAUCAAGCAAUCAAGAAAUGAUUCUGAGGCGGAGGUUGCUUUGAAUGCCAUCUCGGACGCUAGUUCCACAGAUGGGAAUCUUCUAGAGUAUUGUGUCCAGGCAGCGAGAGCAAGAUGUACUGUGGAGGAGAUCUCCAUGGCGAUGGAGAAGGUGUUUACCCGUUACGUGGCCACCGAUCGAAUGGUUAGCGGAGCCUACAAGUCUGAGUAUGGAGAUAAUGAGGAGAUCCAGUCCUGUAUUAACAGAGUGGAGGACUUUGAGAAAACAGAAGGGAGAAGACCUCGUAUCCUAGUUGCUAAGAUGGGCCAGGAUGGACAUGAUCGCGGAGCUAAGGUGGUCGCAACAAGCUUUGCUGAUCUGGGAUUCGAUGUUGAUAUUGGUCCUCUCUUCCAGACCCCAAGUGAAGUAGCACAGCAAGCUAUAGAUGCUGAUGUCCAUGUUGUUGGAGUGAGUACAUUAGCGGCUGGUCACAAAACUCUCGUCCCUGAACUCAUCGCGGCUUUGAAGAAGAUGGGAAGAGGUGAUAUUGGAGUGAUUGUUGGCGGGGUCAUCCCACCUCAGGACUAUGAUUUCCUCUUCCAAGAAGGAGUCAAGAGCAUCUUUGGACCAGGUACAAGGAUACCCAUAGCAGCUAUCAAGGUUGUGGAUGACAUUCAAGAGGAGCUCGGCAAGAGGGCGGAUGCUAUGUGAUGCAACCCCCACUCAUGACAUGAUGAUUAACAUUAACAUCGCAAACAUAAGACUGUUGUGGAACUCGCUCUCUAGUGCUUGCUUUCACCAAUGGGAAAUGCUUAGCAAGAGGGAUCAUGCUAUGUGAGGCAAGGCCUUCUCAUUGUUAGAUGAUGACAAAUCUUCAUUUGUAUCACAAGCAUUGCUGAACGCAUUCUACAGUGUUGCCAAUUUCACCAAAGGGAAACACUCAGCAAGAGAGUGCAUGCUCAUUUACUACACUUGGAUGGAGAGUGGCAAAUUAAAAGCUGUUGUUGAUCUAGCUCUGUAGUGAUGGCUAUCUUCUGCAAUAGAAUGAUCAUAUUCUUUUCCUUUAAUUCUUUUGAAGGAUGAAGAUAAUUUUCUCACAGAUGUAGAGUGUCUUGAGAGAGUAGAAUGGUGUAAGAUUGGAGUGAUGUCAUUGUAAAAUGCUUCUUAAUCUAGGCGAUGCCGUACGUGUCGUACGGGACAUUUUGACAACAGUUUCUAGUCUCUUAGCUAAGUGCUUGAGCAAUAAAAUUUACUUUUUUGUCAAUGAUAAAGUUAUAGGGGCAGUCAUGUAAAAACUGUAACCAGCAAAAAAUGUUUGAUUAUGGGAAUUAAAGGUGAAAAUGUUUUCACCUUUGAUUCACCAUGGACAUGUUUUCGUUGGUUGUCAUAUUUUUACAUGACUACCCUGUAUUACUUUAUUAUUACCACAAAACAAAUUGAAGUUCCUUCUUUGUUUGGACAGCAGGUUGAAAAGUGUUGUGAAAAUUGCUACCCUUUCUAGCAUGGAAUUGCCCAUCUGUCAUUUUUUAUGGAGUCGCACAUAAUUCACUCUAUCUCUUGAUAAAUCCACUCUGAGUGAUAAACAAGGGGAGCAUUUCAUGAAUAGUUUUGUCUGUGAUUUUUACCAACUUACUUACAGCCAAUCAUAUGCAAGGAUUUUCAGUAGCUUAUAACAUAUGUCACUGAAAACCACUUCAUGAAAUACUCCACAAGGCAUGAAGUGAAAUGUAACCAUGUUUCUUUUUUUUUUAGAUAAACAUACAUGUAUACUGGGAUCCUUUCCUCAAAGCUUGUUUAAAAAUUACCUAUCACACCUGUAUUAAAUUCACAUUAUUUUUGUGCAAUACUGUUUGACUGUGAAAUUUGAAGAUCGUCUCUUGAAGUGACAAAAAAAGUUGUUGAAAAAAUUUGUACUGUUUUGAUAUGAUAUAGUGUACAUUUCCAAUGCCCUCUGGUAAAUGAAUGUAAUUUUGUGACAGAUAUGUUAUCUUUCUUUAUGUGGUAUUUACAUGCAUCCAAACAUGCAUACAACCAAACAGAAGUAAACCAGUUGAUUUGCAUGUCUGCCUUUCAAGUCUUGUAAAUUUACUGAUUUGUUUUUUGUUUAUUUGAUUUGGAGUUUUUUCUAGGUAAUGGCAAGAAUAAUUAUUACCUUAAUUAUUUCAUUGAUAACCAAUCGUUCACUUUGCUUCUAGCUUUUCUUGCAACAAGUACUGAGUAACAUUUAUUGUCAUAUCUCAACCUCAAGCAAAUCCUAAUUUUGCCUUUUUGAAUGAACAAAGUUAUGAUAAUUUAACAACAAAGUGCUUAAUAUUAUUAUUUGUUUUCACAAUAAAACAUAUAAAAUGUACCACUAAAGAGAAAAAAAAGUCUGUGUGGGCAGAAAGCGUAGUCACUUAUAAAUACAUUUAUGAUGUUUGUACAUCCGUGCAUCUAUGGCAUGUUAUUUAUGAACUUUUGUAUUCUUAUGACAUUCAAUGAUAUUUUGGUAAUAUCUGGCUCUAUUUAUAAAUAAUUGUCUCACUUUUUCCCCUACAAUGAAUUUGACAAAAUUGUAAGUGAAAUGUAUGUUUUGAUAUGAGUUGUGCUACAUUUGUACAAAUUUAUAGAGCACAAAUUGUUGCAUUCAAAACAAGCAGGUAUAUGUUGGAAAAUAAGACUAUGAAAUAAAUUAUAUCUUUUCAACAAA